UCGCUGUGCAGACCGCGAAGCAGAAGUCUGCGAAAUAUUAGAGGUUUGUUCUCAGUGCUCCAUUUGCGAAAAUUUUUUGCGACUUGCGCGUAACAAACUCGGUGUCGGUGAUUUAACGCUACGCUACGAUCUCUCAUAAGCGGUACUGUAUAUAUAUUGAUAUUAUACAGUGUUUUUAUUCUGUCCGGCCUGUCAUAUGCAUUGAUUAUAAAACUAUAAUCCAACGUUUGAAAUUUGUGAAUGAAAACUUGCAUUUUUCUGCAAAUCCAUAAUAAACAGUGGCACUGUGAAACCGGUCUGACGUUUUAAUAAACAGCCAUGGAAGUCGAUAGUAAAGAAGCAAUGGAUUCCAGCAAUGACGUUUCAAUCGUCGAAGACAGUGUUACGGAUAUUAAAUUGGAACCUAAAAAAGAAAUUGUCCAUCCACCCCCAAAAGUGAGGGUACCAGUAAAACAUUCAAAUUUGGGUAUCAGAAGUCACGCAAUGGAUAUGAGUACAAUGGUUGAAUUGACAUCCUUCAAUACACUGGGUAAAAUACAACCUUUUCUUGUAACUGUGUCAGCAAGUGCAGCUGUUUUGAUUGAUCUUCACUGUCAUUUAACUGAUAAAGAAGUCUGUGGUUAUUUGGGAGGACAUUGGGAUAUAAAUGCUCAUAAUUUGUCUAUUCUUGGAGCUUUUCCUUGUCGUUAUGCUGGAAAAGAUAAAUCUGCUGCAGCAGCAGUAGAAGCUGAAAUAUCAAAAGCAAUGGAAUGGAAAAGAAUGACUUUAGUUGGUUGGUAUCAUUCUCAUCCAAAAUCUCACGCUUCUCCUUCUUUGAGGGAUGUCGAUGCUCAACUUGACUAUCAAAUAAAAAUGAAAGGACCCAGUGAUAAUGUGUAUACACCUUGUGUGGGACUAAUUUGUUCACCUUACAAUACUGACUCAAACUGCUACGAUUCAAAUUUCAACAUAUUCUGGUCAAUGCCACCCCCUGAAAACAGGCCUCAUGAGUAUCCUAGGCCAAUGUUGCUAAGUUACACAUUAUCACAGGAGCAAUAUAUUUCUCAAGAUGCACUUGAAGAAAUGAAAAAAUGCAUUGAGUACUAUAGACUAGAAGGAGGUAUUGACUUUACUACCAAAUUCAAUGGUAACAUAACAUACUUGGAAAGAUUAAAGAACUCUCUGGUACCAAAAUUGCCAGGACGAAAUAAUCGCUCAAACGGAACUUACUGGGAACUAAUCAAGGAGAUGCUUGCUCCAGGUUUCGAUGAUGGAUCAGAACCUUCUUAUGCCAAUCUCAAGUUCCCUCUUAUGAAUGAUACUAUAAUGCCACCGUCCAGUGUAACAACUCCCUUCAUUCCUCCUGCUUUAUCUGCUGUACAAAAAGCCUGUUUACAAGCGGAUGCUGAAAACAAUCAUAGAGAUUCACCAUCAUUAAAAUCAUCUCAUAUAAUCAGUACAGCCGAAACCAUGCCAACUUUUCGCGCGGGCGAACUCACGGUGUCUGUGAAAAAUACAAAGAGUGAUUACGAUUACAGUCCAACCGAUUUCACCAAAAUAGACUCUAUGAAAGGGAGAAACGACUAUUCAGCAUCUGACUUAUCGCAGCAAAUGAAGUUCUCCGAUUUAUCAAAAUUAGCCAGUUUUUCACCAGCUGAGUUAGCCAAACUCACUGGUUUUACUCUCAGUGAAUUUACGAAAGCAGCAUCUUCGUCAACGUACAUGCGAAACUUGACUAAUCUCUUCAGUCCUAUGGGUAAACUCGACCAUACAACAAUAGAGGCUACUGAAAAACGAUCCAGCGAAUUGAGUGAUUUGUCGUCACCGUUCAAGCCCCCACAGGCAUCUUCGCCUGGUUCACCGAAAGAAACUCAUAAAGCGACCGUGGAAGAUUAUUCAGAUAAGAGUAAAAAGUAUUCCGAGCCAAAAGAUGCUUCGAGCAGCUAUGCUGCGAGUGAAGACUUGUCGAAAACCGCUGAUACAUUAGAUAUGUCGACGAAGAAGCACCAGGCCGAUGAAUCUUCCGGUGAGACUUUGGAUUUAUCGAAAGAUAGACAAAGCUAAGUUCAAGCCAAGGCCCAGUUCUAUCGGCCUUUCGAUUUAUAAAACUGCGAGAUUAGGCGUUAUUACAAAGAGACAAUUCAUGAAAGUAUGAAAAACUUAACGAAAAAUGCCAAGAUUGACAGCAUCUUUUUAAUUCGUAAAAUUUUUAAUGGUUGUUGAAAAGUUGAUGAACCGAGUCAUUGUUGUAAUAACAAAUAAAUCAUGCGAUAAAAUUUUAAAAAUCGAGAGGCCGAUAGGGUGGGCUACGUAUAUCCUAUCUAGAUUUAAAGAAAACUUCUCAUUCUUUUACUCCAUGAAUAUAAUUUUUAUAUUUUGCAUAGAAUUUACAAAAAUUGCAUGAGUUCUGUACUUAAUAUUAACAUAAAAAUCAUUUAUUCUUCUAUACUAAAAUUAAAAAUUAAGUAUAGUUUGCAACUGCUCU